AUAAUCCGUGAAAGCCUUUGCCACUUUGCUGUAACCUUUCGCCACCUCCACCUUUACCUUUUCAACAAAACUCUGUCAAAACUUUAAGGUUUAGGGAUUUCAUUUCCUAAGAAUUGAAUUCUCAACCCAAAAAAGAAAAGAAAAGCAAAAGCUUUGAAAUCUAAAAAAAAGGAGGGGUUUGAAUUUGAUUUGAUUGGGUAUGGCGGUGCUAUUGGAGGAAAUCGUGCAAUCGGUGGAGAUGUGGCUGAGCCUUCUGAGGAGGGAGAAGGCGGAGCAGUAUGUGGACCCGAAUCUCGACCCGGUUCUGUUGGUUCCGGGUAUCGCCGGUUCGAUCAUGAAAGCGGUUGAUUCCGGCAACGGUAAGGAGGAGCGGGUUUGGGUUCGGAUUCUCGGAGCCGAUUACAAGUGCCGCUCCAAGCUCUGGUCUCGCUACGAUCCCUCUACUGGUAAAACUGUGUCUUUGGAUCCGAAUUCAACUAUUGUGGUUCCUGAAGACAGAUUCGGACUGUAUGCAAUUGAUUUAUUAGACCCUGACUUGAUCAUUGGGCGUGAUUGUGUUUAUUAUUACCAUGACAUGAUUGUUGAAAUGAUCAAGUGGGGUUUUCAAGAGGGAAAAACACUUUUUGGAUUUGGGUAUGAUUUCCGCCAAAGCAACAGGUUGCCAGAAACACUGGAGCGGUUAGCUGCAAAACUAGAGUUAGUAUAUAAUGCUUCUGGAGGGAAAAAGAUAAGCAUCAUAAGUCAUUCUAUGGGGGGUCUUCUGGUGAAAUGUUUCAUGUCCCUGCAUAGCGAUAUUUUUGAGAAAUAUGUGAAGAAUUGGAUUGCAAUUGCUGCACCAUUUCAGGGUGCACCUGGAUAUGUUACGUCUACCUUUUUGAAUGGAAUGUCAUUUGUUGAAGGAUGGGAACAGAAUUUUUUUAUAUCCAAAUGGAGCAUGCACCAGCUGCUGAUUGAAUGCCCAUCAAUAUACGAACUGAUGGGUUGUCUGGAUUUUCAUUGGCAACAUGUUCCUGCUUUAGAGAUCUGGAGAGAGAAGCUAGACAGUGAUGGGAACUCUCAUCUUAUCCUAGAAUCUUAUUCCCCAAAAGAAAGUAUAGAAAUUUUUAAGGAAGCUCUUUCGAGAAACAAUGUCAAUUAUGAUGGCAAAAGUAUUCCCCUACCAUUCAAUUUGGAGAUCUUGAAAUGGGCUAAUGAAACACGAGAAGUUUUAUCUUCUGCUAAAGUUCCUUCUCAAGUUAAAUUCUACAACAUAUAUGGGACCAAUCUUGAGACACCCCAUAGUGUCUGCUAUGGAAGCGAGGAAACUCCUGUUACUGAUUUACAAGAACUACCAUUUUGCCAGCCUUCAUAUGUAUGUGUGGAUGGUGAUGGGACAGUUCCAACAGAGUCAGCCAAGGCAGAUGGGCUUAAUGCAGAAGCAAGGAUUGGAGUCCCUGGUGAGCAUCGAGGAAUUCUCUGUGACCAUCAUGUAUUUCGGAUUCUUAAGCACUGGCUGAAGGCAGAUUCAGACCCUUACUACAACCCUAUCAAUGAUUAUGUGAUAUUACCCACUGCAUUUGAAAUGGAAAGCCACAAGGAAAAAGGCUUACAAGUAACUUCUCUUAAAGAAGAAUGGGAAAUCAUCUCAGAAGACCAAGUCGACCAAGACAAUAUGGCUGAUACAAAGCCUAUGGUGAGUUCCAUAUCUGUUUCUCAAGUGGGAGAUAAUCAUUCUCCACGGGCUGAGGCUUGUGCUACUGUUAUUGUUCAUCCUCAAAAUGAGGGCAAGCAGCAUGUUGAGCUGAAUGCCGUAAGUGUGUCAGUUGAUGCAUAAAUUGGUUCCCAUUGAACCAUUUUAUUGAACCGCAAAAGGUGAAAGUCUCCUGUAUAGUCAUCUGUGAGGUUAAACUCUUGUAUAUCAGGAAUCUAUAUGUAAUAUAUGUGUGUGAUAUGUAAAUAUAUAUGUACAGACUAACAAGAUUAAAAUUCAUUGAACUUUCUUAUCGGUUUAUUGAAGUUGUUGAACUGGACAUGUUUGGGUGUGAACCAGGAAGGUGGUUUACACGAAUUAAAAGACAUGAAGUUCAAUGUUGUGAAGGUCUUAUUCUAGGCCCCUUUUCAUGCAA